AUGGCAGCUUUUCAGCAUCUAGCAUGUGCCUUCAAUUAUGCCGUCGGAUCCGGUAUCGAGCGCAUGUCGGUUGCCGCUGCGCGCCUCACAACGUUCUGGUCCUUGCGCGGUUUCAAGUCCAUUGUCAUCGUCGAUGGCUCGCAGUGGCUUGGUCGCCGCAACACGGAAACCUGUUGGAAGUUCCAACACAAGUGGCACGUCCACAGACUACGCGUAGAUGCUGAGAAGAGACCCCAAAGGAACGACAGCUCCGUGGAGUGUCAUUCGCGAAAGCUCCCCUGUUGA